UAUACGAGUACAUAUAUACAUAUGCAUAUAUAUAUAUAUAUAAAUAUAUAUAUAUAUACAUAUAUAUAUUAUAUAAAUAUAAGUAUAAUAGUGUAUUUAAGUACCAACUUAAUAUAUAUUUAAUAUAAAGCUCAUCAAGCUAAGUAAUAAAAAAGAGCAAAAAGAUGAAGACGAAUAUAUACAUCGAAAUUAAUUUUUAAAUUUUUGUGCAGAUUUUUAUUAGUUAUAUAAUGAAAAGGUCCUGGUGGAUUGAAAGAAAACAGAAUAUACAGGGUGUUUCGCAUAAGGACAUUUUCAGAGAUGAUUCUUUGAUCAAUUUCCUGCAAAAAAUUGUAUGGGUGGUGCAGAUAUAUUCGUUUUCGAGCUUCAGCCUGCUGAAAAAAAAGGCACCAGAUUUCUUCUGCAUACAAAUAAAUGCUUAUAACUUUGGAAACAUGCAACAUACUGUUAUCAUUGUUCGCUUGUUUUAUAGGCGAUUGAUCGUUCCUUAUUUUUGUGCUUACAAUUGAGUUGAUUUGAGCUAUAGUUUUCCAGGGACUCCAAUCACAAAAUGUGUUGACAGUGAGAUAUCAAGCCGGCAUGAUUCAAAAAAGACUGCAGAAUUUCUUCUUAAUUUAGACUUUGUCAUUUUGUUCUUCAAUCAAGUUACGGAAACAUCAACAAUAUAAAAUACUUGUGAAGUUAUAGCAGAUUAGCAUUCGCAUUCCAAUAGUGGUAGUGAAAUAAGGCACUCUCAUGAUAUACAAACGUUUAAAAUAUCGUUAUCGACUUGAAUUUUUAUUCUUAUUCAUAUUAUGUGUUUGUACAUGAAAUUUGCGUGCUAUGUUUGUGAUGCUGCCUGUUCUUUCUCAACAUACCGUUUAUGAACGGCUAAGAGUCUUAAGGACGACAAAUAUUAUAACUGUUUUAUCAACAGCACUUACAACAGACAAUACAUCGUUCAGGUUAGGAAAAGUUGCAACGGUAAAUAGAAACGGUAUUUUAUUAAAAUUAAGAAUAAUUGUCCAAUUGAACCAAAAGCCGUCAUCAAUUUUAUCUUCCUCUAUACUUCAAAAUGGAUGUAAAAAUUUAAAUACAGUGUUAAUCACAGAAAAUAAUGUGAAAAUCUAUUUCCAAACGAUAGUUUUAUCGAAAAAUUGUGAAAAAAUUAAUAAAAUUGAUAAAACUUUGAGAGAUAACGCUAUUAAAAAUGUUUUGUAUCGAACAAAAUAUGAUAUUCUGAAUGAAAACUUUUCACUACAAAUACCGCAAGGAACAAAAGUGAAUAUUUUUGAAUUCGUAAUUAACUUGGAUCUAGUUAUAUGGUUUGGCUGCAGGGAUUAUAACAACACUAAGAUAAACAUUUUAGUUUAUUACUUUAAUACAAAAACUCAUGAAAAUUGCAAUGAAUUUAUUAUAAAUUUUAAGGCAGUUGCACUAGUGGAAUCUAUUUUGGAAGUUUCCCGAUAUUAUCAAGAUUUUCGAUGCAAAAGAAACAACAGCGAUAAAAAUAAUUCUAAAAUUUAUAAUCACGGUUAUAAUAUUAAUAAUAUUAAAAUUAAAACGAAUAUUGAUAGUAACUACAAAGAUGUAACAUGCAAUAUCAUUUGUUCUAUAAGAAAAACUAUCGAAAACAAGUAUUACUACAAAAAAGAUAUUAGAGAAGAUAUUCAUAACAGUGUUAAAAAAAACAUUUUUUAUAACAAUCUUAAUAAAAGUCGAUAUAAUAUUUGUGGUUUUAGUAAUUUUGACAAACAGAAAAACGGUCGCUAUAGUGAAAUUCUUUAUCAGAGCAAAAAAAAAUGCUUCCAUGUGAAUUGUGCUGGAUUUAAUAUCAAAAUUAGUAAUAAAUUAAAAAAUGUUGAUUAUAAAAUAACUAAAAUAUACUGUCAAAUACUUAAAAAUGAACAUUUGAUAAUAUUUUUGAAAAUUAGUUUAAAUGAUAUUCGCAUGUGGAAAACAAGACAAUCUGAGAAAAUUAACGUGCAGUGCAUAAAUAACGAAAAAUUAAAAAUUCUUAAGCGAUAUAAGGUUAACGAUUUCUACUUUUCAAUAACGAAAGAAAAAAAAAAUAUAAAAAGCAAUAGAAUCGCUAGUGAUUGUUAUUUCUCAUUUUAUAACAAAAUAGUAACAACCAUCAGGAAUAACACACAAUUUUUUCUACCCGAAAAAUUACAUUAUCUUAAAAAUAUUUGCGUUAAACAGAUCGAGUUUGCUGUUCUAUUCAACAAUCUAAAAACUGUGAGAACUAUAAUUGGCAUAUAUUUUAGUAAAAGUAAAAUUUCUAUGAACCCUAUGAACAACAAAGGGCUUCCAAGCGAUACGCCGGACAUUAAGGCCAUGCGGUAUUAUAGAUUGUGGAUAUACACUUGCAAUGCCGCUCUGCUUUUGGGUGUAAUUAUAUUCUGUGGUGCUGCUGGAAAAGUAUUAAUGGCGGAGUAUAAAAGAUUAUUAAUAAACGAUUUAAACUUAGGUCAACCAAGUUUUAUUUAUGCGUAUUUAGCACUUUUGAUGCAAUCUGGAAUAAACAAUAUGCGUUCUCUGUACAAAAACAUAAGAACGCUAUCAAAUAAUCCCAAGAAGCGAAGUCAACCGAUCAAAGGCAAGGAAGGUCGGCCGCUCCCAUCCACGCAAGAGCAAUUACAAAGGGGAAGUCAACAAUGGCGAGCAGCGAUACCAGCAAGAACAGCAAACACAAGAAAACAGCGGCAACGCCAACAGAGUAAAUCUGGGCCCGCCAAACAAAAGAGAAAUAAUUGAUGCCAUCCACAAAUUGAAAAACAACAAAGCAGAAGGUCUCGGUGGAAUACCAGCAGAACUCUUGAAGGCGGGCGCUAACUCAAUAGCGAGAUUAUCCGUCUGAUACUCAACACAAUAUGGUGCACGGAGAAUAUACCAAGAAGCUGGAAAAGUGGCAUCAUAAUAAAAAUUCCAAAAAAUUGUGACGUAUCUGAAUGUCGAAAUUGGGGAGGUAUUACAAUAUUGAACUCUGUUGUCAAACUGUUAGCACUCAUAAUCUACACAUGAAUAGAAGUAGAAUAGAAGUGGGCCUCAAAGAGGAACAAGCGGGCUUCAGAAGAGGGCGAAGCUGUGUUGAUCGGGCUAACACAGUAAGAAUAAUCAUAUAACAGUCAGUUGAGUGGACUUGUACGUCGCUUCGUGGACUUUGAAAGGGCCUUCGAUACGAUUGACCGAGAAGCAUUGUGGCGCUCCCUAACAAGUAGGGGAAUUCCUCGAAAGAUAACAAGCAUAAGUAGAGCACUAUAUGAAGAUGCGGAAUUGGCAGCUCUUCAUCGUGGGCGACUGAGCGACCCAAUAGGAAUAAGAUGGACCCUCACAAAUAGAUUGGAAGAUCUGGGAUAUGAUAUAGUUCUUCUCACACACACACACAGCGAAAUGCAAGAAAAAAUAAGAAGCCUGGAGUAAAAUGCUGCGGAAGUAGGUCUUUGUAUAAACACAAACAAGACAAAAUGCCUAAUUAAUAAUUAAAGAACAAUGAUCCCUCUGCAGAUAAUUAACAAGAACAUAGAGGAUGUCUCCGAGCUCUGCUACCUGGGUAGUAUAGUUACUAGAGAUGUGGGUGCUGAAGGAGGUAUAAAGAACAGAUUUAGGCUUGCUAGGGGGGCAUUCGGGAGACUGUGGACGGUUCUCUCCUGUAUGGCAGCGAAACAUGGUUAGUUGAGAAGAUUUAUAUAGAUUAGAUGCAGACCUUCAUAAAUAGAUGCCUACGAAUAUUAUGCGGAAUAUUCUGGCCGAGAACUAUAAGCAAUAAGGAUCUCUGGGAACUAACGGGGCAGGAACCAGUAUAUGCCCAGAUCAGACGAAGGAAAUGGGGCUAUAUAGGCCACACACUCCGGAGGCCAGUAAAUAGCAUUCCAUGAAGCGCCCUUGAAUGGAAUCCGCAAGGUAAAAGGAGAAUAGGCAGACCCAAAGAAACAUGGCGCAGAUCAGUAGAAAAAAAGGUGAGGGGCCAGUAAAACAUGGUCCGAAAUAAAAGAAAAAUAGAGUCAGAUGGCGAAGAUUAAUAUUCUGUUCCUGCUUAAACCAUUUCUUAUUUUGAAAAUGUAUUCCUGUAUGUUUACUUUUAAUAAUAUUCAAAGCUGUUUGCAAACAUAUCGAAAGCCUUAAAAAAAACUCGUUAGGAAACUUUGAAAAAAAUAUACAUACAUGCUUAUGUACGUAUAUGUAUUUAAAAUUUUCGCGAAUUUUUCUUUUCUAUUGUAACGAUAUUUUUUGAAAAUUUUUCUUAAACUUUUAAAGCAAUAUUUAUCUGUUACGUUAUAUAUUAAAAACAUAAAAUAAAAAAUUUAAACAAAAUAAAAUAAUCCAAGAGAAAAAAAAUACGAUGAUAUCCAGACAAGCAUCGAUCUAAUAACCUUCUGCUUAUCAGACUACCACGGUACGCAGUCCCUUGUAUUUACUUUCCUAAUUAUUUAUUUUAUUCAUAUUUCCUAUAACUCUUCAAAAAUCUUAUUUUUUUACAUAUAUAGCUACUUGUGGGGUGUGAAGAAGUACGGGUACUUAUAGAAGGGCUAGAGGCAUGGCACAAAGGGAAUUAGAUAGGGUUUUGCGAGUAGGGUCCCAGAAAAAGCAAGAAUUCUCUCCAAUGAUGCUUUGUGACCACCUUCUUCCACACUGAUACUACAUCUCAUGGGGGUAAUUUUUAUUUACAUUUGGUAGUAUAAAUAUUCUUUAUAAAUUGAUUUUUGGAAGUGAACAUUUGAUGCAUACUCAAAUGUAUUAGUAAGCAAAACAUACAUUAAAUUUAUUUACAAUAUUUUUUUAAGACAAAAUUUAAUAAGAAAAUAUUAUUUUUUGCAUUAAACUUUUACAAUAAAACAAUAUUUAGGGGCGGAAACUCGCUGAUAUUGAUUUGUAACGGAAAGAUUUUUUUAAUUUCACUUUAAAAAAGAACAAAAAACAUUAAUCUGACAAUUCGCAUUUUUCAGGGUUCGAACCUGCUAUACGUAUUAACUUAUAUUAUUAUCUACGUAUUACAUAAUUAAAUCUAAAAGAAGCUAAUUAUUUGUUU